ACUGAGCGCCAGCCGCCGCGCUAGGGAGCGACCUCGCCGGAGUCCCGCGUCGCGCACCGCGCCCCCUGGGUGGCCGGCCAGCUCAGCCGCCCGUCUCCCCGCCGCCCCGGCCGCCCUUGACCGCUAGCGCACAGCACAGCAGUUCGGGCGCUCGCAGGCGGCGGGCCCCGAGCCCCGGGACAGGGACAGGGACAGGGACUGUAUAGCCUUUGGGCUCCGCGCCCCGGCGAUGGCUGCUCCCGGGAGGCUGCUGCUGCGCCCUCGCCCCAGUGGCUUUUUGCUGCUGCUGCCCGGCCUCCUGUUGCCCCUCGCCGGUGCCUUCAAUCUGGACGUCGAAAGCCCCGCCGAGUACGCCGGCCCCGAGGGAAGUUACUUCGGGUUCGCCGUGGACUUCUUCGCGCCCAGCACGUCUUCCAGGAUGUUUCUCCUGGUGGGAGCCCCGAAAGCAAACACAACGCAGCCUGGGAUUGUGGAAGGAGGGCAAGUUCUCAAGUGUGACUGCUCAUCCAGCCGCCGCUGCCAGCCCAUUGAAUUCGAUGCCACAGGCCAGCUCAUUUCAGAUCAAGUGGCGGAAAUCAUAUCUAAAUAUGACCCCAAUGUCUACAGCAUCAAAUAUAAUAACCAAUUAGCAACGCGGGCUGCACAAGCAAUUUUUGAUGACAGUUACUUGGGUUACUCGGUGGCUGUGGGAGACUUUAAUGGUGACGGCAUUGAAGAUUUUGUUUCAGGAGUUCCGAGAGCAGCGAGGACUUUGGGAAUGGUUUAUAUUUAUGAUGGGAAAAACAUGUCCUCUUUACACAAUUUUACCGGCGAACAGAUGGCUGCAUAUUUCGGAUUUUCCGUAGCUGCCACUGACAUUAAUGGGGAUGAUUAUGCAGAUGUGUUUAUUGGAGCACCUCUGUUCAUGGACCGAGGCUCUGAUGGGAAACUCCAAGAGGUGGGCCAGGUCUCAGUGUCUCUGCAGAGAGCAUCGGGAGACUUCCAGACUACAAAGCUGAAUGGAUUUGAGGUUUUUGCCAGAUUUGGAAGUGCCAUAGCUCCUCUGGGAGACCUGGACCAGGAUGGUUUCAAUGAUAUUGCAAUUGCUGCUCCCUAUGGUGGUGAAGAUAAAAAGGGACUUGUUUAUAUCUUCAAUGGGAGAUCAACAGGCCUGAAUUCGGUGCCCUCUCAGGUCCUCGAGGGGCAGUGGGCUGCUCAGAGCAUGCCCCCAAGCUUUGGCUAUUCCAUGAAAGGAGCUACAGAUGUAGACAGAAAUGGAUAUCCAGACUUAGUUGUAGGAGCUUUUGGUGUGGAUCGAGCUAUCUUAUACAGAGCCCGACCCGUUGUCACCGUAAAUGCUGGCCUUGAAGUAUACCCAAGCAUUUUAAAUCAAGACAAUAAAAUCUGCCCGUUGCCUGGGACAGCUCUCAAAGUUUCCUGUUUUAACGUCAGGUUCUGCUUAAAGGCGGAUGGCAAAGGAACUCUUCCGAAGAGGCUGAACUUCCAGGUGGAGCUUCUUUUGGAUAAACUCAAGCAAAAGGGAGCAAUCCGACGAGCACUGUUUCUCCAUAACAGGUCCCCAGGGCACUCCAAGAACAUGACCAUUUUCAAGGGGGGACAGAUGCAGUGCGAGGAGCUGGUCGCCUACCUGCGGGAUGAAUCUGAAUUUAGAGACAAACUCACUCCCAUCACUAUUUUUAUGGAGUAUCGGUUGGACCACAGAACGGCUGUUGACGAUACAGGCUUGCAGCCCAUUCUGAACCAGUUCACUCCCGCCAAUGUCAGCAGGCAGGCUCAUAUUCUACUUGACUGUGGGGAAGAUAAUGUCUGUAAACCUAAACUGGAAGUUUCUGUAGAUAGUGAUCAAAAGAAGAUCUACAUUGGGGAUGACAACCCUCUGACCCUGACCGUGAAGGCGCAGAAUCAAGGGGAAGGAGCCUACGAAGCGGAGCUCAUCGUCUCCAUCCCACCGCAGGCAGAUUUCAUCGGGGUUGUCCGAAACAAUGAAGCCUUAGCAAGACUUUCCUGUGCAUUUAAGACAGAAAACCAAACCCGACAGGUGGUGUGUGACCUUGGAAACCCCAUGAAGGCUGGAACUCAACUGUCUGCUGGCCUUCGUUUUAGCGUGCACCAGCAGUCAGAAAUGGAUACUUCUGUGAAAUUUGACUUGAAAAUCCAAAGCUCUAAUUCUUUUGACAAUGUAAGCCCAGUUGUGUCUUACAAAGUUGACCUUGCUGUUUUGGCUGCUGUUGAGAUAAGAGGGGUCUCAAGUCCUGAUCAUGUCUUUCUUCCAAUUCCAAAUUGGGAGUACAAGGAAAACCCUGAGACUGAAGAAGAUGUUGGGCCUGUUGUUCAGCACAUCUAUGAGCUGAGAAACAAUGGUCCAAGUUCAUUCAGCAAGGCAAUCCUAAAUCUCCAGUGGCCUUACAAAUACAACAAUAACACUUUGUUGUACAUCCUUCAUUACGACAUUGAUGGGCCAAUGAACUGUACCGCAGAUACAGAGAUCAACCCUUUGAGAAUUAAGUCUGUGCAGACACCGGAAAAGAAUGACACAGCCCCUGGACAAGGAGAACGCAGUCAUCUCAUCACCAAGCGGGAUCUCACCCAUACUGAGGGAGAUGUUCACACUUUGGGUUGUGGAGUUGCUAAGUGCCUGCAGAUCGUCUGCCAGGUUGGUCGACUGGAUCGAGGGAAGAGUGCCAUCCUGUACGUGAAAUCCCUGUUGUGGACCGAGACAUUUAUGAAUAAGGAGAACCAGAACCAUUCUUACUCCCUGAAGUCGUCCGCUUCAUUUAACAUCAUCGAGUUUCCUUACAAGAAUCUGCCGAUUGAGGAUCUCUUCAACUCCACGCUGGUCACGACUAACAUCACCUGGGGCAUUCAGCCGGCGCCCAUGCCUGUGCCCGUGUGGGUCAUCAUCUUGGCAGUUCUCGCUGGACUCUUGUUACUGGCUGUUCUGGUGUUUGUAAUGUACAGGAUGGGCUUUUUUAAACGUGUCCGACCACCUCAAGAAGAGCAGGAACGAGAACAGCUCCAACCUCAUGAGAACGGCGAAGGGAACUCUGAAACCUAACUGCGGUUCUGAAGCAGCGCCACGUCUGGAUCCACUAGUUACCACUUUGGUGAUAGAUUUAUAUAUCUUUCAUGAAGAACAAAAUCCCAAGAUUGUAUUGCUGAGGGUACCCAGUAGCCUCAGUUUACCCACAAAACUGAAAUGAGUAUUUGCCGACUUCUCUUUAUAAAUAGGUUCAGCUUAACAUUUACUUCACAUACACUGGCGAGUGUUUUUAGGCAUUUAAGUGAGGAAAUUUCAAGUGAUAAUCCUUGUUCAGUGUACAUAAGGCACUUGAGUUACCACAUUAUAUAACACGGUACCUCUUCAGUUACUGUUUCUAAUUUACUAUGUGAGGUUUCUCUCUUCUUCGAUGUUAUGUCAAAGCAAUUAGGAUUUUUAAAGCAAUUCAAAUUUAGACCUUAGCAUCAAUAAUUUUGCACAGGUACUUAGAACAUUAGUACACAUUACACUACAGUUGAUUUUGUAAGCUACUGAAGACUCUGCAAUUGCAUUGACUUAGAUUUUAAUAUCAUUUAUGUAGUAGAACUUUAAAAAAAAAUCUGAUACCAUCAAAAUUCUUUCCUGGGGCUAUAGCUCACUUCAAAGCAUGUGCAAGUCCCUGAGUUAAAUCCUCAACAUUGGGGGAAAACAGUAGCUUCCUGUAUUAAUAACGGUACAGUAUUUUUAUAUGAAAAUUAGGUUUUUAUUUAUGUUUAGUCUGCAAUGUAUUUUAUUGUAUUUUAACUUUUGUAAUUUAAAUUCUAUAUCAAAUCCUUUAAGCCAUUUCAUGCUGAAAAUUCUAUAAUUGAAAACACUCAUUAAGCAAUAGUUUGAUCUCAGCUGAAUAAUGAUGAUGAUUAAAGCCAUAGGAGUUGGAAGUUGUUUCUGAGGUACAUCUAUUUCCUUUGUCUGGCUGUUUACUACAUAUAAAAGAUCGAAAGACCCUCUUCGUGGUUCUUUGCUGUAAUUGCUCAUCAAAAUGACAUUCUUUAGUUAGACUGGGGCUUCUAAUUGGUGUUAAUUUAUUUUUCUCCUGUAUUCAUAUUUUCCUUCUAUUUCCAAAAUGGAGAAUGGGUCAAGACUGUCUUUAUAACCUGUAGGAGCCUGGAUCUCCCACCCUUACCCCACAAGAAAUGCUUGGAAUUAGCAUUCCAAAGGUAGCUCAUGGUUUGCUUCUAUCAUGGGUAUUACCUCAGGUUAAGCAAGCAAUGCAUAAAACCUGCCUCAGCUGUCAGAAUAAAUGCUAAAAAAAAUAUUUUUAUAAGCAGCUCAGGUUACUGAAAAUCUUCUAAAGCUUUCUUACAUUUGUUAACAUAAAUUUUCUGGGGCUUUAAUAAAGGCAGCAGAGUUAGCAAGUUAUGGUCUUAAAUGGCUCUGAUUUAUUCACAGUUCCUCAAGGCCAUGGGAUGACUAUCAAUUAUCGCUAUUUUUGUGCAAUUACAUCAUGUUAUGCACUAGAAGUUGAGAAUUUUAAUAGCUUUUUAAACUGCUGUCCUCAUUAAGGAAUGAAAAAUAUUUCUCCUAAAUAAUUAAAUAUUUUUCUACAUUUUAAAAAUAAUUAAAGUUUGUCUCACCAUAUCUUGUGUUAAUUCCAUGUGCAUAUGGCUGAGCUAAUUUGGAGAAUUUAUUUUCAUAACAUAAAGCACAUUUCGGUGAGUUGUACAAGUUAGAAUAUAGACAGGACCCUAUAUUUAGCUUUAAUGAACUUUUAAUAACUUUUGGGGUAUAAAAUUUUUUAAUGGCUUGAAAGAUCAUAAUUAUAUACAUAAGUAUAUUUUUAACCAAUAAAUUUAAAUUCUUUUAAGAAAUAUUUUUAUCUUAGGGCCAAGUGUUGCCCGCCACCAUGCAGUCACUCAGUUGGCCUAUAAAAACUUUUACCUUUUCUGUCUUCCUACAUAAUAGCUGCUGUUCCUGAAAAUCAAUGAAAUUCAUUCUUUGGCAAUAGAAUCAAUAUUGAUUUUUAAAGUUAUUCCUUUAUGGCUUCUUUGCCAAGGAGUAACUUUCUGUUAGAGAUUGAAAGAUGUUGCAACUGGAAAUUAACAUGAGGUGUGGUUUUCUACAGUAGUAUGGAUUUUCUUUGAAAAAGUGUAACUUUGUAUCUCUGUAAAAUUAGGAACUGUAAUUUCAAAGUCAACUCUGAAAAGAAUGUUGAUUCUUUUUCUUCUAUAGCAGCAUAUGAAUAUAUUCGAUAGAAUAUAAAAAGAUCAUUUUAGCUUCAUAUUUGUAAUUUACUGAGAAUUAAAAUUCAUUUGACACGUGUGAGAAAUAUUGACACCAAUAUUGAUUUCUUACAGAGAUAUUUUUUAGAGUUGAUACUUUAAAACAUCUGUCAGGAUUACUCCCUGCCACACACACACUUAUGUUUAAUUAUCAUCAUAAUUCUGAAUAACUAUAAAAGGUGAAGCAGUCAAAAUGUUAUUGUCUUAAUUCUACCUGAAUUAUGAAAUUACUUAUUAGUUAAUCCUCACGAAUACAACAUUAUUUACGUAGUGAGGAAAUUGACUAAUAACAGACAAGUUUUGCUGUUGCUUUAAGACAGCCGUGGGGGCUUUGAUAGUGAGCCUAACCCCAAGAGAGAUUUCUGUGGCAAAGUAUAGAUAGAGCAGCUGGUUCUUGUAGGGCAAUAGAGUGCUAAGGUGGCAUCUGUUCCUGUGUGGCAGAAUGUCAUGAAGAGCUUCAUGGAGAAGAAGAGUAAGUUGUUCUAGAAUACCUGUGUGGCCAUCACCUAUCUGAAUGUCACCUUGUUUUUAUUCAUGGGUGGCUUGUACAUCUAAUUUGAUGAGUAAGGGGAAAAGACAAACAAAAUUGUAUUACGGGAUCCAAAAAGGCAAAUAAAAUUGCUUAAUGUCUAGUGAUUUGUGAAAGGUCUCUUUGAACUAUGAACCUGUGGAUGUGCCGUCUGCAGUAUACACUGGCAUUCCUUGUGAUUCCUGCUAUGUCAUGCUUUCUGUGAGGGGUACUGAAUCUUCGGUGUUUGUUGUCAUUGUUCUCAAGUGCAAUAUAACAAUGUAACGAAACAUAUAAGUCAUUAUUAAUUUAGUAAGCCUAAUCUCAAUAGAGACUUAUUAGUAUUUUGUUGUUGUUGUUGUUGUUGUUAGCAGAAAAUUCUGCUGUAGUUGUAGAUACACAGGUGAAGUUUUUUACUUCUAAACUAUUCAUUCUGCAUUUUAUUUUAGGUGGAAAAUGAACUAUCCAUAUUUGUUUUAAAACACUUUCAGCAUCUUGGGGUAACUUGGAAGGUGUGUCUAUCAAAUUGCUUUGCUCUUUAAGUAACAUGGAAGGUAAUUUUCUUCGGCUUCUCUUGUGAUCGCCCACAUUGGGUGAGACAUAAAAUGAGUCUGUCCUGAAAUCUGUCGUUUGCUAACUUGGGUUGAGUUAGUACAAGUAGGUACCACGUUCUGCUUUGUUUCCAAUGUGUAACUUGGGACUGUACAAUAAACUUGAACAUAUGGUGCCAGCUUA